CGUCAUCGCUCAAACGUAAACACGGAAGUAACAAAUCCAUAGUGAAUGAGCCGAGAGCUCCAGUCAUCUGAAACAGAAGCUGUCAGCCUAAAUUGUCUCUCUGUUUUGUUUUACAUAUGUUUAUAUAUGUAAUCACGGGUGACGUUUGUAUUUAUACACGUAAUCACGCACAUAACCUGAUUCAGGAUCAAGAAGUCCGAUGUGAGGCGUUAUUGCGUUGUUAAAGCGCGCUGGGAGCUCGAUAUAAGGUAACGCUUGAAAAAACAAAACCCGCCCCUUUAUUAUUUCAGAUAAUAUCACAAAACGUUUGAUGUGUUUACAAAAAGACAAGUUCGCUUUAAUGUCUCUGCCAUUCAGAUUCACAGUCUAUUGUUUGUCACUGCAAAGAUUUGAUUUAGCAUAAAUACCAUGCUAAAAUGUCACUUUUUUGACUUAAUGAUUUACUGCAGUCUGGUAACUAGUAUCUAACCCACCAUAAAGCCACACUGACCUUUAUAAUCCUGUGAAGUUAAAGGAAAGACAAACCUAUAAAGCAAAGUCCCAACCACAGAUAUUCAGUCUUAGGAGUUUUGCAUGGUAAGAUGUCAAAUGCUAGACUAUUUAAUAUUUAGAUCAAAUUAUGUAUGUUUGGCCAGUAUUUACUGAUUAUUUGCUUGAAGGAAGAAUGAAACUUAAAAAAUAUUAUGUCUAUGAGUUGUUAAAUCUGCAGGGGUCUGCUAUAAUGCCUUCGCCUGUGGAUGUUAUCGUGGUUGGAGCUGGCAACAGAGGAGAAAAUUAUUCUGACUAUGCUGUGAUUUAUCCUGAUCGCAUGCGGGUAGUAGGAAUUGCUGACCCUAGAGAUUUUGCUCGAAAGAAGCUUCAGGCACGUCACAAAGUAGCUGAUCAAAACACUUUCAAUGAUUGGCAUUGUAUAGCAGAGAGAGAGAAAUUUGCAGAUGCUGUAUUGAUCUGCACACCCGAUCGUCUUCACAAGGACCCUGCUGUGGCUUUAGCUAAGAAAGGCUACCAUGUAUUGCUGGAGAAACCAAUGGCUGUUACAGAGGAGGACUGCACAGAGAUUGUAGAGACUUGCAUUCAGAGUGGCGUCAUGCUCACGGUGUGCCACGUUCUCCGAUACGACCCAGUCAUCCACAAAAUAAAAGUGCUGAUUGACAGCGGAGUAAUUGGAGAUGUCAUCCACAUUCAACAUUUCGAACCGGUGGGGUUCUAUCAUUUUGCUCACUCCUUUGUCAGAGGAAACUGGAGAAACGAGGCAGAAAGCUCUUUUGCUCUGUUAGCCAAAUCCUGCCAUGAUUUGGAUCUGAUUCAUCAUUGGGCUGGUGGACGAAGGUGUGUAAAAGUUUCAUCAUUUGGGUCGCUUAGCCACUUCACAAAAGAGAACAAGCCAGCAAACGCUGCAAAUCGCUGUUUAGACUGUCCUGUAGAGGGGGAUUGUGCGUACUCUGCAAAGAAAAUCUACCUGGAUCGAGUGAAAAGAGGGGAUGUUGGCUGGCCAGUUUCAGUGAUUUGCAAAAACUCAGUUCCUGAUAUUGAAUCUGUGACCGAAGCCCUCACAACAGGACCUUAUGGCCGCUGUGUCUACGAAUGUGACAAUGAUGUGUGCUCAAAUCAGGUAGUAACCAUGGAAUUUGAAGGAGGCUUGACUGCCGCAUUCACCAUGGUAGCAUUUACAGAGGAAAUAUGUAAACGCAGAACAUCUAUCCAUGGUAGUAAGGGGGAACUGUCCUAUGAUGGACAUGAGAUCAAAGUGUUUGACUUCCUCACUAAUAGGACCACAAAGCACACCGCAGACAUGAGAGUUCCAGGCAACUUUGGUAAAGGUGGUCAUGGGUCUGCAGAUUAUCACCUUAUCGACUCCUUCAUUGCGGCUGUGAUGAAUAAGGACCCAACUCUGAUUAGGUCAGGUCCUAAGGAGACAUUGGCAAGUCAUAAACUAGUGUUUGCGGCUGAACGUGCCCGUUUGGAAAACAGAGUUAUGUUCUGUGGGAAUCCAUGUGAUGGCGAGAGCAGAUAAAUGUAUACGAGCACAUUGUGGACUUGUUUUAUAUUCCACUACGUGUUCACAUUCUCUUUGUUAUUCUAGAUGUCACUUACAUUCUUACAUUGUGAUUUAUUCAGUGAUUUUAGAAAUUGUCCAAAUGUGAUAAAUGUAGAUUUUUUUUUUUAUGUAAUCGUGUCUGUUUUAUUUAGAAGAUUUAUAAAACGGUACAUCUUGAAUCAUGUUUCUUGCAUUUAAUGUAACUUAAAGAUACUUGAAUUUAUUCGUGUAACACCUAAUGUUUUAUAUUAAUAUUUAUCUAGAUCAAGUUAUGUGACCAUGUAUUCAAAUUAAUCGUGUAAUUAUAAAUUACCUCAAUAAAAAUAAUCAUAUUUUG